UUGGGCCGCAACAAUAAACAAGUCCGUGCAAUUGACAUCAUUGAUGUAAAUGAUUUGGGAAAAUGGGCAACAGCCAGCUGGACAUUGCCAGAACCUGUAACACAAGGUUUGUGUGCACCAUUUAAGGGGCACAAUAUAAUUCACCGAUCCCACCGUACCAGGGUGGCGACAAAAGAAGAAGAAGAGCGUUUACCGUUGCAACAAGUCGACGUAGGUACACUGUCCAUAAAAUGGAUUAGGGAACGGAUGAAUAAUAAGGCGAAGAAGCGCUGGGACGAGGUGUGGGGCAUAAUGCAGACACCCACACCAACGGUAAUGGACCGGGAAUCC